GGUCCUUGUUGCCAUGCGACUGGUCCUGGUCGACAAGUGAGCCAGCAAAGACAAGGAAAUGAUCAAUCUCUGACGACGCACAACAAAGGACUCAGGAGACAUCAGACCAAGCGCGCAUCCACAAAGCAUUGCUGGCAGGUUCUAUAAGAGGAACCCACCCUCUGCCCCUUCCAUCCUCUGAAACGCCCGUCUGUCUCAUAAGUAUCCCUACCUCCGACAUCCAGGUCACCAGCACACAAACACAAAGCGCAUCGAUAAGUGAUCCUGCAGGCACGAUGAGCGACGCAGCCAGACGUCCCACUGCUCAGAGCCAGCAUUCCAUCGCCAGUAUGCACACGGAUCACGGUCGCCGCAACGCAGCACCCGCACCACGACCCGCACACACACUCUGUACCGCCUAUGGUGUCUUUGGUCUGCCACGCGAAGCAUCUGAAUGGCAAUCCGUCGCCUCUCGCGUCACCCACCAGCGCGAUGCCGUCAAGACCUUCUACAAACCAGUCAUGCUCGGUUCCUCACCCAAGGAUAAGAGCGACCACCCAGAGUUCCAGAAACUCCUGCAUGCUGCUAUGCGCGCUUGCUUGCCCAAGGACAUUGAGAUCUUUAUGGGAGAGGUGCAGCCAACGUGCAAUAACCACUCGUUUGUGUUGCAGCAGAGCUCCACAUCAACGAGCUACGGUGUGUGCUUGCAAGUCUGGUCUAAAGCAGACUCGAAGCGUGCGCGUACUAUCGCUGAGUUGCGCACCAAGGAAGAACGUCGCGAGGUGUCCCCUACUGAAACGUUUUGGAUCCCUUACGUUCUCUGUUUCCUGUCUCCUUAUCCACUCUUCUCACUGCUCGGCUCGUACUUGCGCGCCAUGUGGGUCCACUGGAGCAAGUCAUCCAACCUCUUCCACGCGGAAGAAGUCAGUCGUAUCCUAGGCUUUCCUGCACCACGCCUCCAAGACCUCGUCAGGAUCGACAUGCGUGACUAUGCACUGACCUACCAAUUCCCAGUAUCCUCUGAUGCUUUCCAGAACUUUGACUUGUGGCCACUCUUCCAGUGCUUGUCGGUUCCCAACAUUGUUGGUAUUCUCGAAACGGCCUUGUCGCCACAGGGACGUAUCAUCUUCACAUCGGAUCACUUGGCCAUCCUCAACAUUGCCGCUGAGACGGUUCGUUUUUGUUGUCGUGCACAAGGAUGGUCUGGCUUAUACGUGCCUGUUGCUCAUUGGUCAAACGUCGCUACUCUCGUUGCUGAAGAAGGACCCUAUAUUAUCGGUGUCCCUGCAGAAUGCAAGACCUUACUCAUGCCACCGAGCGACGCGCUACUUGUUGAUUUGGACCGUGGCUUUGUGCAAACCUCUGCACCGCCCGUCUUAUUCACAAAGUCAUCGAGUAGACAAAAGUUUAUUGCUCGAUUGUCUGCUGCGAUUGGGUUUAUUGAGCAGCACGGCGUUCCUUCGCACUUGACGGAAUCCUAUGCACAUAAUCAAUUGACCCCUGAAGGUGGCGUUGUUGCCAUCACGGGCAAGAUUGAAGUGGUGCAAGACCCAACGUGGUGGAAGCAAGAGCAAGUCUUGUUCGAGAUUGAUCGUGUUGCCACAAAACUUGCAAAGAAUCGUGGUUUGGCUGCCGUGUUGAAGGGAUCUCAAAAGAAGCCUGCCACUACCAAAGUAUUGAGCAAGACGUUGCAGGAACUGAGUCGUGAGAAGAACACGAAUGCGCGUGAGGUGGCUGAAGCAUGGCAGUCUUACUGUGCGCUCAAGACACGUAUGACGGUGGAAGUGACAAAGUUGACCAAGCGGAAUGAUUUCCUUGUUGGUGAACUCGGUACGUGGAAGGCUCAAUUCGAAAAGUUCCAGGGAAUUGCCGAGGAAUUGACGAAGCAGUCGUUGGAGCUCAAGACCAAGAUUGAUCACUACAAGCUCGAGAACCGCAAGUUGACGCUCGUCAUUCAGGAACGCGCACUUGAAGCACGAAAGCAGGCUGAAGUGCUUGCUCGAACGGAACAAGAGCGCGAUGCUGUGAUUGCAGACAACAAGCGCAUGUCGGAAGAGCUUCUCAAGGAGAAACAACACUUGAAGGAGAAGAUGCGACAGAUGAAGACGGAGAAUGACUUGUUGAUGAAGCAGCGCAAUGAGAUUGAACAAGUCUUGUUGGGCUUGCGCGAGCUUAUUUCUGAGCAACCCAAACAGCUUGAGCAGAUUCUCGAGCGCAAGGAACCUGGGCAAGCUCAAGACACGCCAGAGCAGGCUUCCGUCAACGAGACUGCGCCUGCUGCAACAACAACCAAGGAAGUUCAGUCGAAGCGCUGGUCUACCAUUUCCGUGUCCGACUCGGCAGAUGCCCUUGUCCGUGAAAAGACCUCGGAAAUUUCAGCUCUCCUCAAUAAGAUGACCUCGCAGUGCCUAUCUGCCAUCGACGCCAUCAACGAACGUGACGAUAAGUCUCUGCGCAGUCUUGCAGAUUGUCAGACGCGUGACUCCACAACACACACCUCCUUGCCAGAAUUGGCCAGAUCCAUCUCCACCAUGUCGUCCAACCGAGACUCCAUGCUUCGAUCCAGCGAAUCUGGUCACUCGGCUGCUGCUGGCAAGCUUCGCGAUAUCGUUGAAGUGGUGUCUGAUCAUGCUUCAGAUGCAACGAGCGUCAUGUCGUCUGAAGUGGAUGCGCGUUUCUCUAGUGUCGUCAGUUUGCAUGGCAAUGAAACGCAAACGGAUCAGUUCAAGGUGCACAAGACAACACAGAUGGACGUCCUCAGCACCAAGAGUGGCAGCGAGCGUGGCCUCGUGAGGCAAAAAGUCUCCCUCACCUCAGUACGUCCUGGUGAGCCCGGCAAAUCCUUCAUCUCCGCAGACACUAUCGUGUAGGUGGUAAACCAUCCCAACAACCCCUUUAGACUUUUUUCGCAUUUUGCUUCUCAACAUGGCUCAGUUUAGUUCAUCUUCCUUAAGUCCUUUUGUACGACAAGAUACA